AUGGUUUGCAUCUGGACAACCCCAAUCGUGGUGGCUGUCGCCAUCUUCACUUCCCUCGUCGCCGCGGCGCCGCCUCUUCCGCCAUCCUUUGAUGAUCGCGCCACAACGGUGCGGCCCAGCGACGACCCUUUUUACCAUGUCCCUGACGGUAUCGAGGACAUCGCACCCGGCACCAUAUUGAAGCAUCGGCCUCCCCCAGCCAAGAUUGCGGCCUUCGGUUUCGACCCGUUGAACCUCGAUGCCACGUACCAGAUCCUGUACCGGACCACGGACAGCCUCGGCAACGCCACGGUGACCGUGCUGACGGUGCUGGUGCCGCACAAUGCCGACAUGACCAAGGUCCUCUCGUACCAGGUCGCCGAGGACGCGGCCGACAUCAACUGCGCGCCGUCCUACGCCUUCCAAUUCCAGCACGCCACCGGCCCGGACAAGGGUACCAUGACGACCGAGUCAGAGCUGCUGCUCGUCGAGGGCGCCAUGGAACAAGGCUGGGUCGUCAUCGCGCCGGACUUUCUCGGCCCCGACGCGGCCUUUCUUGCCAACAAGCUUGCUGGCCACGCCGUGCUAGACGGCAUACGAGCGGCCAUCAACUCCAAUCCCUUCACGGGCAUCAGCAAGAAUCCAACCGUUGCCAUGUGGGGGUACUCUGGCGGCAGUGUCGCCUCCAUGUGGGCGGCGGAGCUGCAGCCCUCGUAUGCUCCUGAGCUUGUCAUUGCCGGCGCGGCUGUAGGCGGGACGGUGCCCAACAUCACGUCCGUUGUCACCUCUAUCAAUGGCAAGCCCCAUGCUGGACUCAUUCCCACCGGUGUUGUUGGCCUCAUGAACCAAUAUGCUGAACUCAGGCCCGUUGUCGAACAGCAUAUUCUUCCCCAGUUCCGAGACAAGUUCUUCACCGUCCGCCACCAAUGUCUCGAUGCCGAUGCCAAGGAGUUCAAAAAUCAGGACAUACUAGCCAUGUUUGACGAUCGGGACCUAGUCUACACGAACCCUACCGCGAUCCGCAUCAUCACCGAGAAUACACUGGGACGCGGUGACACGCCCAAGAUUCCCAUGUUUGUGUACAAGUCGGUCGCCGAUGAGAUCAGCCCGGUGGCGGAGACGGACGCCCUCGUGGCUCAGUAUUGCGCCGACGGGGCGUCUAUCCAGUACCAGCGCGACCGACAGUCAGACCACAGUAGUCUGGCCAUCCUGGCCGCUCCCAAGGCCCUGCAGUGGUUGAAAGAGACGAUGCGCGGAACUCCCCGAAGAGGAUGCUCUACCAAGACGGUUUUCUCGUCAAUUCUGGACGUUGCCGCUCUCAAGGUCUUGCCCAAAUUCCUCCUCGAUGCGCUGCUCGAUUUGCUGGGUAAGCCAGUCGGGCCGCUGGUUGCCCAGGCCUACUUGAUGUUGGACACCCAAAGCCGAUGA